AUGCGAAAUAUAUGCGAAGCAAAUGCGAAGACAAAUGCGAAGACAAAUGCGAAGACAAAUGCGAAGACAAAUGCGAAGACAAAUGCGAAGACAAAUGCGAAGACAAAUGCGAAGACAAAUGCGAAGACAAAUGCGAAGACAAAUGCGAAGACAAAUGCGAAGACAAAUGCGAAGACAAAUGCGAAGACAAAUGCGAAGACAAAUGCGAAGACAAAUGCGAAGACAAAUGCGAAGACAAAUGCGAAGACAAAUGCGAAGACAAAUGCGAAGACAAAUGCGAAGACAAAUGCGAAGACAAAUGCGAAGACAAAUGCGAAGACAAAUGCGAAGACAAAUGCGAAGACAAAUGCGAAGACAAAUGCGAAGACAAAUGCGAAGACAAAUGCGAAGACAAAUGCGAAGACAAAUGCGAAGACAAAUGCGAAGACAAAUGCGAAGACAAAUGCGAAGACAAAUGCGAAGACAAAUGCGAAGACAAAUGCGAAGACAAAUGCGAAGACAAAUGCGAAACAAAUCAAACAAAAAACAAAGCGAAGACAAAUGCGAAGACAAAUGCGAAGACAAAUGCGAAGACAAAUGCGAAGACAAAUGCGAAGACAAAUGCGAAGCAAAUGCGAAGACAAAUGCGAAGACAAAUGCGAAGACAAAUGCGAAGACAACAUUCGAUACCGCACUGAACAAUUGGUACUGUUUUCUGCUGUUUUUUUACUGGGGUUAAUCUUACGCAAAAGCCACAGUGGCGCUGAGGGGAACGAGUGCACGCCUCGCAAUCGACAUUGGGAAACAACACAUGAGAAGUGCGAGAACUGCAAGAAACAUGAUGAUACUCCAUGCGGACCAAGUUUCAAGAAGAGAGAGGAUCCUGCAUUUGCCGAGUCUGGUAAUGAGGUGACUGCCCACGCAGAGGACGCCACUCUGGACGCAGAAGACCAGCCGCGAGCCCCAAGUCCUCGGCCGGCAGGCACCGUGAACAGCAGCGCAUAUGUUGGUAGACACAAUGGAGAUCAGUCUUCACUAGUCACUGGAGAGUCCAAUAGCCAGCGAAAGCGCAUCAAACUUGCGUCCGAUGAGGAGCUCAAGGAAGAGGCUAGUUGCAAGCUUGAAGAACUCAAUUCCUUGGGCACUUCAUAUGUGUUCGCGUCACAGCUUACCCCAAUCUCUUGUCGGGCCCGUGACAUAAAUAUCAAUCUCAACGAGCUUCCUGACAACUACACCAAUACAAUAAGAGAUGAGCUGCACUCGUUGUUCAUGACAAUCUGCAAGAUAGGUCUUCAACUUCAUGAGCUAGAGAAAGAUGAUGCAGCUCACGGAAUACUCAUGAAGCUUGUCCUCGCCUUGGAGAAGUAUCCUGGACUGUGCGAUUCUCGUAAACGCGGUGCGCUGCUUAAGAUAGCAAGGUUUUACCAGGAUAUAAGAGAUCAAGACGAACUGGAGUGGCUACUGGGGAAGGCUGCCCAGACACAUGACGCCUCAGCGCUUCACGAGAAUCCAUGCGCGUGGCUGGUCCAGUCGCUCACUGAAACCUCCGAGAGAGCACGCGAUGCCCUUCUCAAGCUCUGGCAGAACAAAUUUAUGGUUGAUGGAGAACUCCCACUUGCAAUACCACCUAUUCAACGUUCGGCACAGCACAGCAACGCAGGCGUGGUGUCAAUAAUUUUAGCUCGGACAAACAGCAACACACAUUCAUUGCCAGCUUUAUUCGACCUCCAAGGCAUACAUGUGGCUGCGACUCUAGGCUCCGAACAAAACGUGAUAAACUUUCUCCGCGCAGGAGCGCAAGUCGAUGUUUUAGAUCUCCACAACCAAACCGCUCUGUUCCUAGCAGCCAUGAAAGGUCAUGAAGGAUGUUGCACGGUUCUGAUCACAAACGGCGCCAAUCCAAAUAGUAGAAAUCGUCAUGGUACUACCAUUCUGGAGGCUGCGGUCAGGGCAGGUCAUUACAACGUCGUCAAGCGGCUCGUCAACGCUGGGGCGGAAAUCAAUCCACCCUUGAUCUGCUGCGCAUCUACCCCUUUACAAGCAGCUGUCGAGAGCCUUGAAUCGCCCGAUGGACUCACUCUUUACCUCAUGGAUCAAGACGGCGACGUGUGGUUCCCGCGGAAUGAUGGCAAGAACGCAAUAGAUCUGGCCGAGGAGAGAGGGUUAUGGGCUUUGGCACAGGCCAUGCGCCAGAAGGGCCAGCAGGGCCAGCAAGGUUUCUUCAAACAACCCCAGUCUUUCUCUUUCGACCAGAGUCAUUAG